AUUACUGUUCAAAAACAUUUGACUGGUAGUGUAUAUUUGAUAGAAAGCAGAAUAAAUUUAAAUAAAAUGUUAUUGAUUAUUUUUAUUUUAAAAAUAAAAUAAUUCAUUAAAUAUGAAGUGCACAAAAGCGGAUAAAUACACAAAUAUUACGCAAUUUUCUGAGCGAGAUGGUGUCUUAACUUACAGUCUAAUCUUUGACCUCAUCUUCUGUGUCAUAUGGGGCGCUGGUCAUUCUAGUGCUGUUCUUAUCUCUCAGCUCUGUAUCUCACUACACUGAUUAUUCACCUCUCCCAUUCAUUAUUAUGUGACAUUUAUAGACCCUCAUUCUAGAAUGUUUAGAAUGCUCCAUUACCUGUGUUUUGUAAUUGCAUGGUUGAAGCUCAUUCGUACAGGAGAGGUUAGCCACUCUGACCUGUUUUGAGUGUUUUUCUGCUUUGCUGUUUAUGUAGUGAUCCAGUGUUUGAAGGGGAUGGUGGUUAUAUAACAAGCAUGAAACUCCCAAAAUAACACGCAUGAGAAGAUUAUACACAAGCCAGUGGGUAUAUCAGUCUCCACCUGUGGCUUUCCACUGGUCUAUACACACACACGAACAUCAAAAAUCCUGACAAAAGUUCCUGCUAUACUCUUCUUUAUGCUUUAGCUUGCAGUUAAGUGAGAAAUAUGUGGGCCGUGAUUGUGUGGAGGUAAAUGAGAAGUGUGAAAAGAGAGUGUGAUUAUAAGUGUGUGAGGUUGUGCGUGCAUCUCAUGCUGUGUCUAUCUGUGUUGUGUGUUAAUAAGCUACCAUUGUCAUAAUUAGUUUACCCAUCUGGGCCUGCGAAAAGGCCACACGGAUUUUAGCAACAAGUUUAUCUCCUAGACAAUCCUGUCGUUAAUUACCUUCAGUAAACUCACUGAUAAGUAUGUUGCACAUUAACUUUACCAGAACAGUAAAACAAUGAGGAGCAGGGUCUUAUAAAGCAUUAUGUAAACUCCAGUAGAAUGAGGGUUAGUAUAACAUGACUCCAUUCGGGCAGCUAUGGGCCGCAUCCGCUGAUACCGAACUUUAAAUUAUUCAGUUCUGCUACUCUCGUUUGUGUUUGAGCGCUGUGGAUAAUUACACGGCAGCAGUUUGUGAUUAGUACUUGAGUCUAAGAAGGCGGAUGGCGAUUCCUACUUUCUGCAGGGAGAAUGCGUGCAUUGUUAUAACAAAGUCUUUGUUAUUGAGGUUAUGAAUAGGAAUCAUGGUAAAGCUCUAGAAAAACAACAGACGUCAGUCCCUUAGAGGAUGACAGUGACUCAAGUUUGUUUAUUGAAAAAGUACUGUAUACUCAAAGUCUGCUGCAUUUAGAAAGCCAAACAAUGUGUUUUAUUUACUCAAAAUUAAACUGUGUUUAUCAUGUGUUUUUGAUCUUAACAUGAUAUGUCAAGUUUUCUUACAUUUUUAUCUAGUUUAACAGUAAAACAUUAUCAGUUUUACACUGUAGGGUUGGUACGAUUUUUUUUAUUAUUUAUUUUUGCUGUUUUUACGCUUUUAGUUAGAUAGGACAGUGUAGUUUUGACAGGAAGCGAAGUGGGAGAGAGAGAAGGGGGUGGGAUCGGGAAAGGCCCACGAACCGGGAUUCGAACUCAGGUCGCCUGCAGCGCAGUGGCGCUAUAUGUUGACACGCUAACUACGAGGCUAUUGGUGCAAAUUGGUGGAUCUCCGUGUUGGCCGACACCUCCUCACAUCCCAGUAUUCUUUGCCUGGCAACCCUGUAACCAAGCACGGCCAAAUUGACCUGCGCACAUCCAUGGAUGGCAAAUACAAAGAGAUUGCGGAGGAGCUGUUCUCCCGCAGCCUGGCGGAGAGCGAGAUGCGGAGCGCUCCAUACGAGUUCCCUGAGGAGAGCCCUAUUGAGCAGCUGGAGGAGAGGCGACACCGACUGGAGCGGCAAAUCAGCCAGGAUAUCAAGUUUGAGCCUGAUAUCCUACUGCGAGCCAAACAGGACUUCAUGAAAACUGACAGUGCAACAGAUCUGGAGUAUAUGAAAGAACAAAGCCAGGCGCCCAAAGAACCCUAUCCUGAAAGAGAGCUCGUCCCUGAGAGGGAGUAUCAGAGAGUCGCGAUCUCUGGAGAGGAGAAAUGUGGGGUUCCAUUUACUGAUCUACUGGAUGCUGCUAAAUGUGUGGUCAAAGCUCUGUUCAUCAGAGAGAAGUACAUCUCUCUGUCCAUGCAGAGCUUCUGCAGGACCACUGCACGUUACCUGCAGGAGGAGCUGGGUGGCCGACCUCUGGACCUCAGUACUUAUGAGGAGAUGCCGGAGUCCUCUGUAUCUGCAGAUAAAACGGUUCACCCACCUGUGUCAGAAACCCACCCCUAUGAGGUUCUUGACCCUGCCAGCAUGCCCCCAGGUUUGGGCUACACUUGCAAGAUGGUGGAUGGGGUUGUUCAUGUGUACACGCACAAUUCCUCAGAGUUGGACUUGCCGUACCCAGACCUGCAGGAAUACAUAGCUGAUAUGAACAUGAUGAUGGCACUCAUCAUUAAUGGCCCAGUGAAAUCUUUCUGCUAUCGCCGGCUGCAGUACCUCAGCUCCAAGUUCCAGAUGCACAUUCUGCUAAAUGAGAUGAAAGAGUUGGCAGCACAGAAGAAAGUCCCUCAUCGUGAUUUUUACAACAUCAGAAAGGUGGACACACAUAUCCAUGCUUCAUCCUGUAUGAAUCAGAAGCACCUGCUGCGCUUCAUUAAAAGAGCCAUGAAGAAAUAUCCAGGUGAAAUCGUCCAUGUAGAACAAGGUCGAGGACAGACUCUAUCAGAUGUGUUUGAGAGCAUGAACCUGACGGCCUUUGACCUCAGCGUGGACACUCUGGAUAUGCAUGCGGAUCGUAACACAUUCCACCGUUUUGAUAAAUUCAAUUCCAAAUACAACCCCAUUGGAGAGUCCAUCCUCCGAGAAAUCUUUAUCAAGACUGACAACCAUAUUGAGGGGAAAUACUUCGGACACAUAAUCAAGGAGGUGAUGGCAGACCUGGAGGAGAGCAAAUAUCAGAAUGUGGAGCUGCGUCUCUCCAUCUACGGCCGCUCGCGAGAUGAAUGGGAUAAACUGGCUCAGUGGGCCGUCAAACACAAAGUUUACUCAGAUAACGUGCGCUGGCUGGUGCAGGUGCCCCGGUUAUUCGAUGUGUACCACACCAAAAAGCAGCUAUCGAACUUCCAGGAGAUGCUAGAGAACAUUUUUAUGCCUCUGUUUGAAGUCACUGUCAAUCCCAGCAGCCACCCAGAGCUGCACCUCUUUCUGCAACAUGUUGUGGGGUUUGACAGUGUGGAUGAUGAGUCCAAACCUGAGCAACACAUCUUUAACCUGGACAGCCCAAAACCUGUGAACUGGACGGAGGAGGACAAUCCUCCAUAUUCUUAUUAUCUGUACUACAUGUAUGCAAAUAUGACUGUACUCAACCACCUGCGCAGGCAAAGAAACUUGAAUUCGUUUGUAUUACGUCCACACUGUGGAGAGGCAGGCCCUAUUCACCACCUCGUGUCUGGAUUUAUGCUGUCAGAAAAUAUUUCCCAUGGCCUGCUUCUGAGAAAAGCUCCUGUACUGCAGUAUCUUUAUUACCUGGCUCAGAUCGGCAUUGCCAUGUCUCCACUCAGCAACAACAGUCUCUUUCUCAGUUACCAUCGAAAUCCGCUGCCUGAGUACCUGUCCAGAGGCCUCAUGGUGUCUUUGUCCACUGAUGACCCACUGCAGUUCCACUUCACAAAGGAGCCGCUGAUGGAGGAGUACAGCAUCGCUGCUCAGGUGUGGAAGCUGAGCUCAUGUGACAUGUGUGAGCUGGCCCGAAACAGUGUGCUCAUGAGUGGAUUUUCUCACCAGGUGAAAAGCUACUGGCUGGGGCCUCAUUACAUCAAAGAGGGGCAGGAGGGCAACGACAUCAGACGCACUAAUGUUCCAGACAUCCGAGUGGCGUACCGCUUUGAGACGCUGUGUGAGGAGCUGAAUCUGAUCACCCAGGCCGUGCGGUCAGAGGAGCUGGAGAUGCUUGAAGAGCAGGGGUCCCUGUGCAUGGGUGCAGGGCCGGCCAGACGUUAGCAGUGUCAUGCACUUUCAGUUAUUCACCCAGUGCAGAAUGUGAGUGAAAGGUGAUUCAGGAAAAAGCAAGUGGUACUCUCUGCAGAGUCAAAUCACUUCCAGCUCCACCUCUCUGGACGUCUAAUGGAGUAAAGGGAUAGAGUAGCUCCACCUGUUUGGCACAAACUACAUUCACUCCUCCUCAAUGGACGUCUAGCGAGGAGCAGCUACAUAUAAACUCCACCCAUUUGCCCUGCAGUGAGCAGCCUCUCGGGAAAUGUGGCACAGUCUUACUGUGUUUGACUCUACUGGUGUUCAACUAAACCUCCCCCCCUCUAUUUUUUUUUUUUUAAUACUAUAUUUGGGUAUUUGUGAGAAAUGUACUGUUGUUUUUUUGGUUGGGAAGAGCAGGUUUAAACUUCUCAUUACAAGAUAAUUUGCACAAAGGAAAUGCCAAUGUUGUGUUUGACAAACACAUAAACAUUUUGAUGAAUACCAACUGGAAACACUUACAGUAUCUGCGAAGGCUCCAGAAAUCCACAGUCAAGCAUCAGGAAACCCUAGAAAUUUCCCCCUUUGUUACUGUGGACCUUACACUGUUGUUAAACCUGCAGUCCAGCAUGAAAUCUGUGAAAUGGUUUACACCAUCAUAGAUAAUAAGCAUUUGGUGUCGCUUGUACACUUGUUUUGAAUGCUAACAGCCAUAAACAAUUGUUCUUUGGCUACUAUGUGUGAGCUCAAAUACCCAUGCACAUCUCUGCCAUGAGCCGUCAACAUCCUGUCAUUUUUAAAUGGAUUUUUAUCUCCUUUAUAUGCUUGAUUGUAACAGGUUCUGUUCUAUUAAGUUUAUUAUUGUGAUGGUAUUUAUUUUAUAGUGGUCGUAUCCUUUGAGUCAUUUAGCCAUUUUUAUGUGUGUUUGUAAUUGAAUAAUGAUUAGUGCUAUUUAUUGUAAAUCAGACAUGAUAAUAUCAAAGUGAAGUUUAUUUUUUCUGCUGUAUUCUGUAUCUCAUAAUUAAAAUAUAAUUCUAAGAGUC